UUCCACGGGGCUGUGGAGUAAACAAAGCCGGUGUCAUGAAGACAGAGAAGUGAGCAGUAACAUUCCUGCUGAGUUUAGCAGACUGAUGUGCUGCAGAUGAUGAUCAACAGUAUCGUUUAACCGUGAAAAUGUCUGAGAUGGAUUUCCCAGUGGAGGCAACACUACAUUUGAAAGAGUUUCAAGAUGAGAGAGAAGUGAAGAAUAUCCUCAGGUCACAUGGCUUUGAGAUGCAUGAUCUAGGAGAAGGUCAGGUGCGUGUAAAGGGUCAUUUUUCUAAGCUCAAAGAGGUAAAGGCUAAAUUAGAACAGCUUCCCUUAUCACAAACAAAGAUGUCGCCAUCCUCAUCAUCCUCACCAACCCCAGCUGCAUCCUCUGGAGCCAUUCCCAAAAACUACAGUCACAGAGACAAGCCCCCACACGCUGCUCUAUCUUCCCCCACCUCCUCCUCCUCAUCAUCAGCGCCAGGCCCUUCUCGUAGCCGUCCAGCCUCUCAGGGGUUCGCUGCAGGCUCAUCCCCAGACCAGCGUGGCUCCCUCAGGCACGGAGAGGAGACUUUUGUCAUUGAUGCAGAUGUGUUCAAGUAUGCUGACCGGUUCAGGAAAAACGAAAUGGACGUCAUCCUGAACAGCCAUGAUGUGAAAAUGAAAGCACAGGAUUGUGGUGAUAUGGUCAACAUCACUUUAACGGGGAGGAACUCAAAGACAGCACUGAGUAAAGUGCAGAGCCUUAUGGCUUCUCUUAGCAAAACACUACGCACACAGGAAGUUCCUCUGCAGGACAUGAGUGAUGAUGGCAAAAUGCUUUUAGCGAAAAUUAAGAAAAAAGGAAACGUCGACGGUUCGGUGCUGGUGUGCGAGAUGGGCGACAGGCUUCAUCUUAUUGGCUCGUCUCGCGAGAGCUUCUUGUUAAAGCAGAGGUUUGUGGAUGGGCGUGACCAGCAGGGACGCACGGGGAGAGCCUCAGCUAAAGGCUCCAGAGGAAGGAGCAGCUCCGCUCCACCGACUAAUCGCAAGAGCACAGAAACAGCUGCCAACCCUGAUACAUCGCCCGGUGGAGCCACAGGUUACGCCCCAGCGAAGCACCAAGAUGAUGAACAGAAAGAUGCCACAACUGGGCGGGAAGUUGAUGCUUUCCACAGCCGGCCAAGAGCCCGGUCUCUGUCCCGUGAAAAUAAAGAUGCAAAGAGGGUCAAUGGUAACCCGAAAGAUAGAGAAAGUAAACCUCCACCUCAGAAGUCAUUCAAGUUAAAAAACCUUUUAACAUUUAAUGAUAUAAAGAACGCAUUUAAAAAGAAAAAUAGAAAUUUAAAAAAGAAAUGAGAGAGAAUCUCUCUUGACACAAAACAGAGCACCGCUGCUCUUCUUGUGUGUGAGUAUUAAAAAGGGUCUAAAUGCAUUUUUUUUCUUACUGAGUACCUGUGUGGUGUUACACCACUAAUGCUGAAACCAGGGCUCAAGCUUGAAAGGAAUAUGCGUUUGCCUUUUAAGGAAAUGCAGCCUGGAUCAGUGGUUAGCUUAGCUUAGCAUAACGACUGGAGAAUGACAAUAAACCUGUUUGUUUGUUUAUUUAAUCCAGACAAAACACGUGUUUUGGGGGGAGAAUAUGUCCUAGCCUGGUGCUGUUUCUGCAAAGAGUAAUUUGACAUUAGAAAAAAACCAAAAGAUUUAAAAUUAAUCUACAUAUUUUUCAAAAUGUCUGAUUGUUCUUCUGAAAAGAGACAGAAGGUUAUAUUUUAUUUUUGCAGAUGCCACCAGUGUGUCUGACUUGGCUCUGUUAAACUGACAAUACUGAAACAGAGCUCAUCAUUCAAAUGUCUAAAAGCAUCUGAAACCAGAAGUAAUAAAAUGUCUGCAUAAAGCAUGAGACUGUGGACCUCCCCACCACUAAAAAAACACACAUCAGUUUCCUGUUUAAUAAUGACAUACAACAACAGAGGAGGUAGAGGUGAGCCCCGCCUUCUUCCCCUUUUCUGAGUCUUCUGGUCAAUAUGUAGUGGAUGGAGCCACCCAGUGAUUAGUCAUUUUAACGAAACAGCUCCGUCCCACCUUUUUUGUUAUUAUCUGAGGAGUUUCAAACCUCACUGUUACUUAAAAUCAACUAAACGAAUAAAUAGUGUGUGUAGUGUUGUGAGCAAACUUUCAAAAUCCAAAGAAAUGUGAAUCAAUGUUCUGCUUAAACAAGAAAAAAAAAGCUGUUUUCAUGUUUAAGGAGCUUAAACCAAAGGACGGUUUCUGUUCAGUUUCUGUUGAUGAUUGAAUUGUUUUAUUGCUCCUUUUUUACACUCAGACUUGUUAGAUGAUGGUGUAAUCUGUCAGUCGAAGGUCAGGCCGAUGGCCGGGUCAGAUCUAAUUAUCCUCUGGUGACCCUUGAAUGAAGUCGGUCAUUUAUGCUGUUCAGACUUUGGGAGAUUUUCCAGAGGUUCAUUUGGAUAAAGUCCAGACUGCUUGAAGAAUGAAGGUUUGUGCCUUAAACCUGUCAGUGCUGGCAGAUACACCACUACCAGUACGCCUAUCUUUAUAAUAUCAGCUGUGUAGAUGUAUCAGUUUAGCUCCGUUGUUUACCUUUAACUUUUUUUAAUACUUUAAGUGUAAACAUUGACUUAUUUCCGUUUUGUGGUGCAAUAUUCUGAUUUUGAUUCUGACACAAAACUCUUCAAAAGUAGAUUUUUUAAAACAUUUUAAACACUAAAAAUAAGCUUUACAUAAAAAGGAUUAACAUUAGAGAGGCAGGACACUGACAUGUGCAGAGGAGGGAUAAUGGAUAUACUGGACAUGCUUAAUAUGAAGGGGUAAAAGAGGAAGACCUGGAUGUCGUGACGGAGGACAUGCAGAGGGUCGGUGUGACAGAGGGGGAUGAUAAGGACAGGGAGGACAAUGAGACUAACUGAAAAUACCAUGACUCUGUAUUUAAUAGUUAAUGAAACGUUUUUAUUGUCAACUCAGUUGACUGACAUCUCUUAAUCGUUAUUUUUGAUGGUUGCACCACCAUUGUUUAAUAUUUUCACACAUCAGUAUUUGCUCUGGAUCAUAAUGGCUCACUGAAAUGUAAAGUAUGUGAAUGUAUAAACCAGUGAAUAAAAAACAAGCACU